AUGGCGAUAUCUCAAGGAAUCAACGCACUUAAAUGUCUGGGUCAACACGAAUGGGAAUUUAAUGCUAUGCUUGAUAUCCCGGGCUUUUUCGAGACAUUCUGGAUUACCGCACUCUUCUACAACGCCGCCUUGCUGUUCAUCAAAAUGACAUUCCUGUUCCAAUACUUCCGAAUCUUCCGCCAGAUACAAUUUAUGAGAAACACAUAUUUGAUAGCUAUGGUGGUCGUGGUAGCCUGGAAUAUUGGCCAGUUGAUUUCGAUCACUUUUGUCUGCCUGCCUGUUGCGGGCUUCUGGGAUAAGACCAUCGACGCAACAUGCAUGGAUCAACGGGUUUUGGUCUACAUCAAUGCAGCUGGAAAUAUGGUUACCGACAUAAUCAUCAUCAUGCUUCCUCUACCAGCACUUUGGAAGCUUCAUUUACCAAGAGCACAAAAGAUUGCUGUCUUUGGCGUCUUUGGUGUUGGUUCGAUAAAUAAGAUAGAGGACUUUACAUACGACGUAUGGACAUCUGCAUGCUUUUCGGUUGCAGAGCUGGCUUCGGGGAUCACGUGCGCAGCGCUUGCCACCAUGAGACCACUAAUUGGCCACUUCUUCCCUUUCCUCUUCUCACAUUCGCACGGAACCACAAUUCAAUAUAAUCCAGACGAUAGGCACCCGCCUACGAUUGGCUCGGCGCAUUCUGAUAAGAAAACAAAACAACUACGCGGAGAUGAAGAAAAGGCUUGGGCCGCAGAUAUCUAUGACGCAGACCUGGGAGGCUUUGGUCCCAGCAUGCCUGGCACACCCCGAAAGAAUAGUUCGACAGUUAGCCGCUAUCAAGAAGAGACGGACUCUAUCAAAGCUUUUCAGAUGUUAAAGCCGAGAAUGGGUUCCGUAACGAGUAUUAUGAGCCCUCGGUUUGAUGGGCGGCCAACAUUCCUGGAUAUGGACGAAGCACCGCGGAACACGUCUGUGAAAAUUGGAAUCAAGAUAGAAAGAGAGUUUGAGGUACGGGAGUCACGUAGUCUAUCAAAUAAUGCAUAG